AUGAGCCUGAUGUUGGAUCUAUUAGAUGUAGGGCUGUCGGGCACCCUGCAGGGGGUCAAGAGGAGAGACUCACUGAGGGUACAGUCUGCUGUCCUGGUCUCUGUCAGGAGAGACUCACUGAGGCCUCAGGAGUCUCUCAUAGCACGGAGAGGAUCAGAUACGCAGGAAUGUUGGGGCGUGUCUGGACAGCAGCAGUUCCAGAAACAGGAUCAGAAACAGGAUCAGAAACAGGAUCAGAAACAGGAUCAGAAACAGGAUCAGAAACAGAAACAGGAUCAGAAACAGGAUCAGAAACAUGAUCAGAAACAGGAUCAGAAACAGGAUCAGAAGCAGGAUCAGAAACAGGAUCAGAAACAGGAUCAGAAACAGAAACGGGAUCAGAAACAGGAUCAGAAGCAGGAUCAGAAGCAGGAUCAGAAGCAGGAUCAGAAACAGGGUCAGAAACAGGAUCAGAAACAGGAUCAGAAACAGGAUCAGAAACACGGUCAGAAACAGGAUCAGAAACAGGAUCAGAAGCAGGAUCAGAAACAGGAUCAGAAGCAGGAUCAGAAACAGGAUCAGAAACAGGAUCAGAAACAGGAUCAGAAACAGGGUCAGAAACAGGAUCAGAAACAGGGUCAGAAACAGGAUCAGAAACACGGUCAGAAACAGGAUCAGAAACAGGAUCAGAAACAGGGUCAGAAACAGGAUCAGAAACAGGGUCAGAAACAGGAUCAGAAACACGGUCAGAAACAGGAUCAGAAGCAGGAUCAGAAACAGGAUCAGAAACAGGAUCAGAAGCAGGAUCAGAAGCAGGAUCAGAAGCAGGAUCAGAAACAGGAUCAGAAACAGGAUCAGAAAUACGGUCAGAAACAGGAUCAGAAACACGGUCAGAAAUAG